ACAACAACAACAACAACAACAACAACAACAACAAAUAACAACAACAACAACAACAACAACAACAACAACAACAACAACAACAACAACAACGGUUCCCUGAAGAUGUUGCUCACGGAUGGAUUGCCACGACCACAUGAUGGCGAAUACGUCGUCUCCCCGCUUGGAUCGGCCCCAGCGUAUAUCACUCCUUCUACCCCAGACAGGAAUCCGGAGCAAUUCCCUCAAUCCGCGGCGCUCCUGAACCGAGCACCCUUAUCGGCACCCAUUGCAAACUUCCAACGGAAUGGCCAGGAACCCUAUUCAUUCCCUAGAUCGAAUAGUUGUUCUGAACCAUAUGCCCAUCAUGCUCCCUUAUUACACCAGCAUGAGCGAUACCCAAGUGUAAAUUCGGACUCUCUAGCGCAUACGGUGAUACCUCAAGGGCAACGUCCAGUGGACUAUGGAAUAAGCCGGCCGUCGAGUACUGUGGUUGGUGGUUAUGAUGGCCGUCAACAGCAGGAGAGCCCAAUAUCCCCAGCAGGACCGGGGAACGCGCCCGUUCAUUACGGAAUACAGAGUCCAGAUCCGCAUGUACACGGGUAUCAAUCGCACAUUGCGAUACCAACCACGAAAUCUCUUAGUGGAUUAGAAAUGAACGCACAGAUCCCACCGCAAAGUAGACAUCUGCCCAUGAGUUCGGCCCCGGUAUCAGAUGCCCCGCCUUACCGGCCUAUGUCGUAUCAUCACCCAUACGCUGUCAACACAAUGACUUUUGCGCAAGCGAACCCUUCGACAAUGAGCCUCCCAACUUCGUUUCGUCACUCAGAUGCAGGCAAUGCUCCCCCAAGCCAUAUGUACAGCCCGACCGACGAAAGAAUAAACCAACCAACAAACAUGGAACCUCCAAGGACCGGUCCGCCUUUCGACUACCCACAUUUUAUAUAAUGAACCUCGCCUCCAAUGUGUUACCAGACACAUGUCUAAUCUAUUCUCUUCCGGAAUAAGAUUAGGGACCUCUGUCUAUAACAAGUUCACUGUGCCAGUAUAUGUUUGCACCUCUUCUAUAUGCGUGUUUAUGUAUACGUCUUCUAUUAUAUCUGUACAUACUGGAUGGGGGCUUGGGCUCUGGAAAGGAGGUUGUUCUGAUUAUGUAUGUAAUAAUUCUAUAAUAAUUUUCUCCGGAAAUUGCAUGCUGAAUUCUGUUUGCAUUGAUUCGUAGCAUUAAGGGAAUGAUGUAGAUGUCCGU